AUGUAUAUUCCGAGACAACAAAUAGUGACGGGCACCGAGUCGCUGCUACUGACAGUGCCUUUGGUGGGUGACCAAACCUCCGAACCUUUGAGUUUCACGUUUGCAUCGAGAGCCGCGCUACCAUCCACCAACGCGACGACCGACAAUGACAAAACGCCUCCAACGUACAGUGGGACAGCAACAGCAUUUAUUGCUGUGAGUGUUACUGUCCUCAUAUUCCUCGCCUUCACUGUGGCAUAUGUGGUCUAUCGCAAGGUUCACAACGCCGAGGACGAUUCGGACGCCGAGUCAUCGACAUCAGACUCGGCCUGGCGGAUCGAGACAGAAUAUGGCUCCCCCAGCAAUACCAUUGCCGCCAAACACCGCAGGAGGAUCAAGAAGCUCGAGCAAGUGGCUCCCUCGCAAACAUUGAGCCACUGGCGCUCCGACAAACAAGAACACCACGUCAAGACGUUCGCCACCAUUUCAACGAAGCUCAUCUGUGCCAUUUGCCUGGACGUGAUGCAGGACUCCGACACCAUUCGGGAACUGCAAUGUUGUCAUGUCUACCACACGAACUGCUUGAAUCUCUGGGUCGAACGUGGGCAUCAUGACUGUCCCUUGUGCAAGUACGAUAUCCUGGGAGCCCACCAGGAUCCCCAAAAGGCACGCCCAGCCGACCACGCCGCGUCAGAAGGCGAUUCGCAAUCCGACCACCAGGAUGGUCCGCGUGAACAUCCUGCCGUGACGGCGUCGAGAGAGUUGGAAAGUCGGAUACAACAAGCGAAUGCGCCCGAAGCUACUGGUACCGCCGCCGCCGUCCCGUCAUCAGCUGCCAACACUGAUGUCGAGGCACAAGCCACGAGCCAUAGCGAAAAUGCCGGAGAGCCUACUGAGCGGCAAGUACCUUGA